AAAUGCAUUACUUGUAUUGGCAAUUCUUUUUGUUACACAAACAGGCUCCAAGAUCGUGUGUCUAUUCUCCCUCCAACUGGCCAACCGCCACCCUCUCCCGCGGAGACCAUGCCUCUCAAAUGGCUCCUACAUUGGCAGCCGAAUGCAGGAACAACUGUUAACAGUCAAAUACUAUCAGAAGUCUCACAAUGCGUCGAGAGCAUUAAUGGCGCCAAGGAAGGAAGAUGGAAAUCUACCCUCACUUUCUACAGACCCGUGCUAAGAGACCAGACUUUACAAGCCGAGUACCCUCGUGAUUGUCUGGGGAUUUCGCUUCAGGAGCAACCCAAUAAAUACUACUUUAUUCUUCGUAGUCAGCGGAUUGUGCUUGAGGCAGAUUCCACAAUUCAGAUGAUAAUGGAGAAAUUACAGUCUUAUAAAUCCCGGGUCUCACUUUAUUUUGAGGGGUUUCAGUAUCAACUUGGUGAUUUCCAACUGAGGGUAGGGAAGGUUGUUCCUACUCAUUCUGAAAAUUUGAGAGGAAUUGUCAUGGAGGUGGAGUAUCUUCCUAUUUCAUCACUAGAUAAAUCCAGACAAAUCAUGGAAGACUUUGUUGAUAUAUGGCAGGAAACUGUAUCAAAAAGGUCGCUGCCAGGUCAUUUUAUGCAUAUUGAGCCAAACUUUGCAGAGUAUGGCCUCUCAGACCACUAUACUUCACAACACACAGCAGUUCAGUAUGCCAUUGUUAUGGCUCAACUGAUUGCCUCAGUAAGAAAUUAGAUGUAAAAUCAGAACUAGAUCUGUUUAUGUCCUCAAUAGUGUGUGUUCUUUGUUUCUUCAAGAUUUGGCAUCUGAACUGACCCACACAGGAUUCAAUCAAACAUCUCUUUUAGUCAAAAUCAAGUUUUGUAAUAAACUUAUACCGUGCAGAUGGCACAUAUUCGUCUUGAUUAGUAAUCAACAAAAGAGGCAGAAAUGGAACUAGGUUGCUACUUA